ACCACACGGGGAUGCAUAAAACGAUUUUUGGACAUCUUUCGGCCUUUGGUGGUCGCAAGUCACAGGAAGAGGCAGUGGACGGCAAAAGUUACGUUUCCAAUUAUUAAAAAAAAAACGCUUUCAGUUGAGUGCACUCGUGGAUCACUGAACAUAUUUAAUGAUCACAAAGAGGAAUGUUGUAGUCCUACUUUUACAUCUACUGUCAAACGUCGCGCGCAUGAACUGCUCUCCACUUCCGCGUACAAUGUUUUUUUCCAACGACAUAUAACAACUUUAGAACAGGAAGCCUUCAGAGGCGCUUGUCACUUCGUCUCACCUUUUAGGAGAGGAGCCCGGUUUUUCCGGUGUUGGUGUGACCUACGACAGGAUGGAUUUUGAAGACGCCCAUAACGGGCGCGGGCCGUCAGGUGCUCAGUGUUCAAAUCCAGCCAUGAACAUAAUUGGAGCAGAAGAUGAAGACUUUGAGAAUGAUGAGCAACCUAUGGUGGAUGAUAAGAGCAGUCACUUUACCAGCAUUGAACUGUUGAAGUCCAAGCCCACCCACCUACUGGCCUUCAUUCAUCAUGUCAUGUUACAGUUUGACUGUGCUCCUGUGCUAUGCUACCUUCAUGCUGACCUCUUCAGGAACUUCAAUGCCAAAGACACCAAGAAGCACUUUGGGGAAUUCUACAACUCUUUUCUGGAAAAAGGAGCGAUUCUUAAAGUAUCUGUGCCAAAUAACAUAGCCUCUGAACUGGAUCGCACGCGUCCAGAAAUGAUUAGCGAAGAACAACAAAAGCGCUUUGCUAAUGAAAUACAGUACCAGCAGUGUCCAGAGAUACUGCGGCAGCUGGACGACUUCAGGCAGAAGAGGAUGAUGGGAAUGACUCCCAAUGAGCGUGAACUAAUUGAUGUGGAAUCCCAUCGUCCAACCGACCGCAUCCCUAAGGACAUGAAGGAAAAGGCAGUAGCUGAGACCUUGCUGGAAAAGAUGUUUGAGGCCAACCCCUCAAUUGUUCCAGACAAGGACAAAAGUAACUGCAUCUUUGGAGCAGUAGCCCUUUAUAUGAAGCACCUUGGCGUCAAGACCAGAGCACUUGACAACAAGAAGACAAAGUCGGGAUGGCGGCCCUCUGUCCCUUCUGUCCUGAAGCCAUGGGGAGCCAACAGACCAAACAAAAUAGUCAGACCGUCUCCAUUCACCCAUGAUGGUAAGCAAUCUAGAUUGGACUUUGAAGUAAAGCAAAUCAAACAAACCGUCCCACCUCAUCGAGUGUCCGUAAGUGAUGGUGGCACAGUGUGGAAACCUGGUGUUGCAGGGUCAGGGAGUGUGCAUGGCUCGGAGAGCAGUGAAGAGAUGACCGUCAGCGUCAGUGUGACUCCUAGUCCUGACUCUCAGGCUGACACGGGUGUUAACAUCAAUCGGUCAGACCCCAGAACAGUCUCAGAGGUGGGAGAUGCAUCUCCUGUCAGCACUGGUGGGGGUCUCUCCAUCUGUGAAUCUCCCUCUGUCAUUGAUGUCCCUCCAGAUGACAGUCAGGACAGUAGCAGAAAGAAGACAAGGAAUGUGCGCCGCAGCGAGAGCCUUUGCGUGGAGCGCCGUCACUCUCGUCGUAGUGGCUCUACCCGCGCCAAGAAGUCUCGCUCCCGUAGCGACGUGGACCUGCAGUCAACUUCCACCUCCCUCCCCCUCUCACCCUCCCCACAGCAUUCAGUCUUUGCGGAAGGUGGGUUGUUGACUGACGGCCUCGUGACUGGUCCUGCUUUUGGCCCCUUCCUUCAGCAGGAAGAGAUGGAGCCCCGUCUCCUGGAGCUCGAGCAGGACCCGCCCAACUGGAGAGCCAUUGCUUCUCCUGAGGACUUGAAAAAACUGAGCAAGAAGGAAGUCAAAAGACAAGAAGUCAUCAACGAGCUGUUUUCAACAGAGCAUGCUCAUGUCCGUAUGCUGAGUGUAUUGCAGACUGUGUUUUCUCGUCCGCUGGAGAGGGAUGAGAUUAUGAGCUCAACUGAGCUGGCCACCAUCUUCCCCAGCCUCGAUGAGAUCAUAGAGAUGCACUAUACUUUCUAUGAAAACCUGAAAAAACAGCGGCAGGAGGAUGAGUACAUUGUCAAAAUCAUAAGCACGCCACUUCUCAACAGGUUCAGUGGAUCAGAGGGAGAGUGGUUUCAGAAGCUCUCUGCACGCUUCUGUAGCUACCAGACAUGGGCUCUGGAGCAGAUAAAGACCAGACAGAAGAAGGAUCCCCGUUUUAAUGCUUUUAUUCUGGAUGCUGAGAGUAAGCCACAGUGUCGGAGGCUACAGCUGAAGGAUAUCAUUCCCAUAGAGAUGCAAAGACUAACCAAAUACCCUCUUCUGUUAGAAAACAUAGCCAAGAACACAGAUGAUAAAAUAGAAAAAGAGAACAUUAAUCAAGCAGCAGAAUCUUGCCGCAAGAUCCUCAACCAUGUCAAUGAAGAAGUUAAACUCAUGGAGAACCUUCUGAUUUUGAAGGACUACCAGCGCCGGCUGGACACCUCAGGACUGAAACCGAGCAAUGACCUCUACAUUGAGUACAAGAACAUUGAUCUGACCAGCAGAACAAUGCUGUUUGAAGGACCUCUGACAUGGAGGGUGACCAAGGAGAAGGCGAUCGAUGUCCACUGUGUUUUGCUGUCAGACCUGUUAGUCUUGCUUCAGAAGCAGGAUGAUAAGAUGGUUUUGAAGUGUCAGAGCAAAAGCAACAUAGCCAUUCAGGAAGGCAAACAGAUGCUGAGUCCAAUCAUCAAACUAGAAUCCGUUUUCGUCAGAGAUGUGGCCACUGACCCGAAGGCCCUCUACGUUAUCUUCACUUGGGAAAGUGGAGCACAGAUUUAUGAACUAGUGGCUCAGUCCAUCGUGGAGAGGAAAAAUUGGAUAGAGGUGAUUAAGACUACGAUUGACGAGAUGAAGAAGAGGGACGGAAAUAAGAUAACUAGAAAACAAAGCAGCAGCAUACCUAACAGCGUCCUUGGACCUUUAUACAGCCCUUCGCAACCCCCUCUUAGCCCCACUGAAAAUGGAGGAGACCUGUUGAAAAGUCGCAGUGAGCGAUUUAAAGACACACUUACUGAUGAGAAGAGUAGAGAAACUGAUUCUUCACUCUUUGACUACCUAGUGGCCAAUGGCUUUGACCUGCUCAGCCAUAGCCACAUCCCUUUAGAGAAGUCUGCUGUUGGGGCUUUGGAAGAAGUCAAGUAUUUGAAGAGGCUAUUGGUCGGCAGUAUUAGCCUGUCAGAUGACUCUCAGACUCUUGCGGAAAAUGCACCUGAAAGCCAGGAGGCAGAUGGAGGUCAGUCUUCGGUGGAGGAAUCCAGCACAGAAGAAAGAACUGAAGGAGAAGAGAGUGGGGGAGAUGGAGGGAAUAAAGGAGAAGAGGAGAGAGGGAUAAGUGCUCCUCUAGUGCUUUCUGAGGAACGCAUGGAGGAGGUGCAGAUGAGACUGCAGACUCUUCAGGAGCAACUGAAGCGAUUGCAGGCUGUUGAGGAGGAACAUUAUAAGUUGCAAGAAGCUCUUGCUAAAUAUUCACUUCAGGGUGGGCAUUACAACUGAGAAACUUGACAACCUGCUGUUACAAGAUCACUGUAUGUGCUGGACUCAAGACUUCGCUGGUUGACUAAUUCUGCCUGAAUUUCCCUGCUCUAUCUCUUCUAUCUUAUCAGCUGUCCUUUCAGAAGAUUGUCAGCAGGCCUCCCGCACUUUCCAUGCCACCGAGAAAUGAAAUGAAGUGGGUGUUGUGAAAUUAUAGUGAUCCUUGACCUUGGACGAGUGUGUUUGUGUUUCUGUUGAGAGGUAUGAAAGACAGCCUUGCCAAAAGAUGCCAAAGCAAUGUGCAUCCUUUAGAGAGAUAUCAGAGCUAAAUGCUAGGUGCACAUGUGGAAGCAAUGUAAUAUACAGUACAGAAACAUGUGCAAACCGACACACACCCAAAGAUAAGCAUGUCAAAAGUAAUUAGUACCAAAAGACUAUCUAUAUUUAUAGUAAAGUGUAGUUGCAUCUUUGAGAAUGCAGUCUGAUGCAUAUGAAGCCUGCUUCUCAAACUGUAGUUCAGUUAGGUUUUCAAUAAGGUAAUUUCAAGAUGUUCACUCAUCACUUAUUAAUUGAUACCAUACUAUAUUACAUGCAUUUUCUAAAAUAACAGAUAUUCAAAAGGAUAGAUGUAGAACUGUUGUUGCAUGCAUUGGCCAAAUUGUUGUAAAAUGAAGAGUAUAAGUAUAGACCUUUUAGUUUUGUUUUUUUACCCUCUUCUUACCAGAAGUUCCGCUGUUGCUCUGUGAAUAAGAAAAUAAUUGCUAAUUAGAUAGAUAGAUCAACUGAUGCAUGAGCAAAGGAAUUAAUGAGAAGGUUUGAGGAAGGUGGGCUUGCUUAUGCCUAACCCCUCUGAAGUGAAAACAAGGCAAGCAUUGAUGUGGAGAGAUCUCGUCAGGGUUAGAUAUUGUGGUUGUGAGGAAAUAUGCCCAGAUUACGGAGCAUUUUGAAUGACCAGCUUCUGUGCUGUUAUAAUGGGAAGCAUGCACAAAGAACAGCGUUCUCGAAUGCAGCUGUUGCAGGUUGUACUUUGGUAGAUCAACCCCGAUCUUAUGAUAAUCAUCACACAUUGCCUAUUUGUGUGAGCUAUGCAAAUCCUGUGUCUGUAAAAGUUAUCAGUCAUUUCUGAUAAUUUCGUUUUUCUGUCAUUAUGUUCUAAACUACAAUUACUCUACAGUUUGCAAAAUAUAGUUUUUUCUGUAAUUGCUUGUUACGAUGUCUCUCGGUUUAUUUUAUUUUAUGGAUUAAUUUUCUUUCAAAGCAGGACCAAAGAAAUGAUAGUGGAACAAAGUUAAGCUAUGUAAACACUUUUGCCUUGCACGGGGAGGUCAGCUGUAUACUGGAAUGGAGAAGUAUCCUGAUUCUCAUUGUCAGUCCAUGAUUUCCAGCUGAAGGGACCAGACUUUUCUCUUCUGCUCUCCCGGUCUUAUUAGGAAACCAGAGCACAGAGAAUCAGGCAGAUGCAGGGGUUGAUGAAAAUAUUAUAUCUCAGAGUUUGAAGACAGGAACACAAAUGUAGGUUUUUCACCAGUACUGUAGUUAUUUUCAUGUACUCAUGAUGCUACUGCAACAGGUCUUUUUUACCCUCGACCUACUUUCAAAUUAUGCAAUUUAUUUUACCUUAUUUGUUACAUAUUGUGAUUUAUAUUCAUUGUAAUUGUGUUGAUCUUUGUGAUUUCAGUAAGGCCUUGUUACCUUUUCCUUUCAUUCAGCUUUACAGAAUGGUUUAUCAGAACAGUUUGCCCGAGGUCUUGCAUUCUGGUCAGCAGUGUUGAUCCUAGAACAUGUCAGUGAGACCUUUUUGUUUUCCUUUUAGAAGUAGCAAGCAAAAAUGUACAAAUUUUGGUAAUGAAACUAUCAUGGUGCAAGAUCUGUUCUACCUACUUCACUUUCCUACAUUCCUUUUGCACAAUUUCUUUUAUUCACAAUUGCUUGAAUGGGGGGUUUAUACAUUGCCUUUGAAAAUUAUGUAAUUAGCAUACUAUGCAUUGCCUUUUAUAUGAAGGACUGAGAGAGUUAGAGUGCACCCUUAACUAUAACAAAGGCUUCACUGAAUUUAACUUUUUGGCAAGAGUUUUCUUUUUGAUGUGGAACUGACCUCAGUUUAAAUUCGAUUAGAAACUUUAAAUUGAGCCUUGAACCCUUGAUAGCUGAUAAAGACAGGGUUUUGGGUGUGGUGUCAUUCUCUCUCAUUCCUUAAUAUUUUCAUGUGUAUCUGUCACACAUACAUAUAGUGAUAUAUCUAUCUGUUUAAAUCUAUUUAUAGGGUGCCUUGUGCAGAUUGGGUUUGUUUUAAUUUCUGACAGGCAUGGGUGUCCUUGCCCUCUCCUCCUAGUGAUGUUCAGUGUUAAAUAUGAAUCUGAUAUUUUGCUCCAGACCUGCCAAAUUAUAGCAGUUCCACUCGUUUGUUGUUCUUAAAAAUGGCUGAGUGCCUAGUACUGAGUGCUCUUUGUUAGAUCUUUUAAAGCCUCUGCAAUCCGUGACUGUCUUUUAUGUAAUUUUGUGUACAGGAGUCCACUCAUUGCAGGCAUUCCAUUACUGUCGGUCUAUUUAAAUGAUUAUGCAAGGACUAUUCUGUGUAUUUGGGCUUUGAUUUUAUGUGUAAGAUACAUAGAAAUUUAGGUACUUUUUUUUUUCUUUUUUAAAUAAAUUAUCAGAAAUGGUUUGAGCUUUUAUUGUCCUUAUUUUCAGCAGCGUUCAGUUGACAUUAACUUUUUGCCCCAUAAUCCAAAAUAGAGAAGAAUGUACAGCGGUUGGACAAACAAUGUUUAUAUGGGGAUAAUAUCAUUUGUAUGUUACAGUGAAUAAUAAAAAUUGAAUCAUCUUUAUCCGGUUA